AUGGUACUAAAAUAUAUCAUUGCAAAUUGGAGUGUUUUUGGUCUUAAUCUAGUAGCCAGAGCAACUAUUCAUCAGUUUCAAGAAGAGUAUGCAAAAUAUAACCAGUGUGACUCUUUACAAACAGCAGCUUAUUCACUACAAGAUGGGUCGAAUCUAGCCGCGGAGCUUGUGGCACAUUAUCCAGAUAGGAUCAUCUCGGACGAAAUUGACGACAACGGAGGCGAUGACUGGUUCAGCAACGAUAUCGAAAUUACACAAGAACUCUACGAUAGAUUGGUGUACUUCAGUAAAAUAUGUGCUCUUAGCUACUGCAUUUCAAAAAAUGAAUUAUUUCCGGGGAAGACUCUAGCGGAUGGUGCCUGUCCCUCUAGAUUGAGGUUUUGCUCUGAUGAGAAUGUCAACCCUACUAUUCACAAAACAAAGGUGGAACUUGUAUUGCUGGCUGACAAACAUGAACUAGGAACUGGAUAUGUGGCAGUCGACCAUAAAAAAAAACUCGUCAUGUUAGUGUUUAGAGGUUCUACCACCAACCAGGACUGGCUCAGUGAUUUCAUGAUUCAUCCCGUACGCUACUUGCCCAGUUCAAGGGAAUACUAUGAUGAGCUCGUGGAAGAUGGCACGAUUCGUCCAUGUAAAGGCUGCAGGCUUUACAGUGGGUUUCAUUUAUUUCUCAGAACGCUCAGCACUCACUUUUUCGAGCAUAUCGAAACUAUCUCCCGUCGCCAUCCAGGUUAUAGAUUAGUGGUCACCGGACAUUCCUUAGGUGCGGCGUUGGCUAUUCUAGCGGGAAUUGAACUUAAACUGAGAGGUUUUGAUCCUCUUGUUUUAACGUAUGCAUGUCCCAAUAUUUUCAACAGUGCAUUGAGAGAUUGGGUCGAUGACCUCUUCGAGAGCGACGAGAUUCAUGCGCAGUCUGUAGAAGAAAGAAGAGUUAUUUUUGAACGUGGCUAUUUUAGAGUUGUUCACAUGCAAGAUUAUAUCACCAUGAUUCCACCUUUUUACAAGCCUGCUGGUCUUGAGAUUUUCAUAAAGAAACUCUUCUUGCCACAUGGAAUAGAAGACCUGGUAUAUAAGGGCUUCCAGCCUGGUUUACUAUUACCACAACCUGAUCCUGACGGUGUGACUGGGAGCGGUAGAGGUCAGGGACAUCGAUGGCUGGUUUUGGCUGAGAAAUGGCUUCAUAUGUAUGAGCAUCGGGCAUAUUUCCUCCUCAUCAAUACUUGCGAGGGUUUUUAA